GGGUACGAAUAAAGCGCGUGGUUAACGUUGUAAUUUUUAAAACGUGUUUCGUUAGCCAAUUCAUAUAGAAGCACCUAACCACUCGAGAGAAGUAAAGUAAAAGUGACAACAUGGUUGACAUGAAAAGUGAAGAAAUUAAUGGGGAGACCGAAGUUCCGCAAAAAAGUGCAAAACAGUUGCUAAAGGAAGCAAAAAAGCAAGCAAAAUUAGAGAAGUUUAAACAAAAGCAGGAAAAAAAGGAAAGCGAUAAACCUUCGAAACCGAAAGAAAAAAAUGAAAAAAUAGAAAAGAAAAAAGAAAACAAAGAAUCUGCUGUGUACACAGUAAAUACACUUGCAGGAGAAAAGAAAGAUGUUACAUCCACAAUGCCUGAAGCAUAUAGUCCAAAAUAUGUUGAAGCUGCAUGGUAUGCAUGGUGGGAAAAACAAGGCUUUUUUAAACCUGAAUAUGGUAGAAAGAAUAUAUUAGAAUCAAAUCCUAAGGGUAAAUUUGUUAUGGUAAUACCACCUCCUAAUGUAACUGGUUUUCUUCAUCUUGGACAUGCUUUAACUAAUGCCGUACAAGAUGCUAUUACAAGAUGGAAUCGUAUGAAAGGGCGCACAACCUUAUGGAAUCCCGGUUGUGAUCAUGCAGGUAUUGCCACUCAGGUUGUUGUUGAAAAGAAACUUUGGAAGGAGGAACAAAAAUCACGUCAUGAUAUAGGGAGAGAUAAUUUUAUACAAAAAAUUUGGACGUGGAAAGAAGAGAAAGGAAAUAGAAUUUACUUGCAAUUAAAAAAAUUAGGAGGAUCAUACGAUUGGGAUCGUGCUUGCUUCACUAUGGAUCCAAAACUGUGUCGUGCUGUUACAGAAGCUUUUAUAAGGUUACAUGAUGAAGGUGUCAUUUACAGAAGUAAUCGCUUGGUCAAUUGGUCCUGUACAUUAAAAAGUGCUAUUUCUGACAUAGAAGUUGAUAAAUUGGAAUUAACUGGUAAGACAUUGCUAUCAAUUCCUGGAUAUCAAGAAAAAAUAGAAUUUGGAGUAUUAGUAUUGUUUGCUUAUGAGGUGGUAGAUUCUAAGGAAAAGAUAGUAGUGGCUACCACUCGUAUUGAAACAAUGCUUGGAGAUACAGCUAUUGCUGUUCAUCCAAAAGAUACUAGGUAUGUUCAAUUUAUCGGAAAAUACGUGCAACACCCGUUUUGUAACAGAAAGUUACCCAUUAUAGCUGAUGAAUUUGUUGAAGUCGAAUUUGGAACAGGAGCUGUAAAAAUUACACCCGCUCACGAUCCUAACGAUUAUGAAGUCGGGAAAAGACAUAAUUUACCAUUUAUCACUAUUUUCGAUGACAGUGGAAACAUUAUUGGAGAUUAUGGUCAAUUUACGGGAAUGAAACGAUUCCACGCUAGAGCAGCUAUUAUAAAAGAGUUAACAGCUAAAAAUUUGUUCAUCGAGAUCAAAGAUAAUCCCAUGGUGGUACCAACAUGUAGUAGAUCUAAAGAUGUGGUUGAACCAUUAAUGAAACCUCAAUGGUAUAUAAAAUGCAGUGACAUGGCUGCAAAAGCAAUGGAUGUAGUGAAAACCGGUGAACUGAAAAUUAUGCCAAAUCAAUACAAAAAAAUUUGGUUCCAUUGGAUGGAAAAUAUAAGAGAUUGGUGUAUCUCUCGUCAAUUAUGGUGGGGUCAUCGUAUUCCUGCCUACUCUGUUAAAACGAUUAAUAUAGCAGAAAAUAUCAAGACAGAUGAUGAUUAUUGGGUAAGUGCGCAUUCAGAAAGCGAAGCUAAGGAAAAAGCAGCUAAAAAAUUAGGCACUAUCGUGGAUAACAUUAUUGUUGAGCAAGAUCCUGAUGUGCUGGAUACAUGGUUUUCCUCUGGUCUAUUUCCAUUUUCGAUAUUCGGAUGGCCAGACGAGACAGAGGAACUUAAAGCAUUUUAUCCAGGAACAUUGUUAGAAACCGGACACGAUAUAUUAUUUUUCUGGGUAGCACGAAUGGUAUUCCUUGGGCAAAAAUUAUUAAAGAAAUUGCCAUUUAAAGAAGUGUAUUUGCAUGCUAUGGUACGAGAUGCACACGGAAGAAAAAUGAGCAAAUCGUUGGGAAAUGUCAUAGAUCCUAUGGAUGUAAUUAAUGGAAUAUCGUUACAGGGUCUUCAUAAACAAUUAAUGGAUUCAAAUUUGGAUCCAAAAGAGCUGAAGCGUGCUAUCGAAGGACAAAAACGUGACUAUCCACAAGGGAUUCCAGAGUGUGGAACUGACGCCUUACGUUUUGCUCUUUGCGCUUAUACAACGCAAGGUCGCGAUAUUAAUCUCGAUAUUCUUCGCGUACAAGGAUAUCGAUUCUUCUGUAACAAGAUAUGGAACGCGGCAAAAUUCUCUCUUGCAUACCUCGAUUCUAAUCUUGAUUAUGAUGAUGUUCAAUUGACAAAUAAAGAUAUCCAAAAUGAUAAUAUGGUAGGUGCUGGUGAUUGGUAUAAGAGCACCUUGAAAGAAAUGUGCGUACAAGAGGCACUGAAUAAUUAUUUAGGAGAUUACCCUUAUUUAGAUGGAUAUAAUCCCUCGCAGAUUGAUGUAAAAGUUUACCAAACCUUCGUCAGAUUAAAUACUAAUUUCAUGAACUAUCCUCACUUGCAUCGUUGGUAUAAACACGUGGCAUCUUAUAAUGAACAAGAACAAUCUGUAUUUCGCUCGGAAAAGGGUAAAAUAUUACCUCAAUGUGGUUGCAAGAUACACGAUCACAAUAAUAGAAAGAAGCAGUUACAAGGUGAGAUAAAUAUGGAUUCAUGGAUGCUUUCUCGUGUAAGUUACGCGGUGAAAACCUGUGAUGAAGCAAUGGCACAGUACGAUUUGCCAACAGCCAGCACUAGUUGUUACAAUCUUUGGUUGUACGAUCUAUGCGAUGUUUAUUUGGAGUAUUUGAAACCAGUAUUUCAAAGCAAUGAUAACGAGAGAAAGCACUCAGCAAGUAUAACCCUAUUUAAGGUGCUAGACAUAGGAUUAAGACUAUUGAGUCCAUUUAUGCCAUUCAUAACGGAAGAACUUUAUCAACGUUUACCUCGCAAGAAACAGCUUUAUCCAAGUAUUUGUGUUAGUCCGUUUCCAGAAAUUUCGGAGUGCCCCUGGAGGAAUGAAGAAAUAGAGAAGGAUAUAGAUUUUGCCAACAAAUUAAUAAAAAAUAUUCGGUCAACGCGUGCAACUUACAACUUACCGAACAAAGUAAAGACUGAAGCAUUUCUUAUAUGCACUAGUGAUAGUCUGAAAGAAAAACUUCUGCAAUAUAAGCUUUUGAUAGAAACGCUCUCGUAUUCUACGCUUAAUACGAUGGAACCACCAACAGGAUGCGCUAUCGUUACUAUCACUGAUAAAGUUCAAGUGCAUCUACUGUUAAAGGGUUUAAUUGAUCCAAAGAAGGAGAUAGAGAAACUUAGCAAGAAGGAAGAGCAGUUAAUAGAUAUUAUACGCAAAACUAAGCAAGCUAUGGAAAUUUCUGAUUAUAAUGUGAAAGUACCUCUGGAUGUACAAAAUAGUAACAAAGAGAGAUUGACAAAUAGUGAAGGAGAGCUACAACGAAUCAUCGAUGCAUUAUCAGCGCUACGAGCAAUGUAA